UAUGCUGCUAAGAUCGACUGCCAGCAACGCACCGGAAGCUAUUAGUAACGCCUAAGCUGCAAGUGCUAUUAUCUAAUAGACUGCACGUGACCAUUGUGUCUGUCUGGUAGCAACCCUAACCCGUCGGGGGGUUACAAGAUGGCAAAUUGGUUGAUAAUUCUUUUAUUUUCUUAAGCCACGUGUAGGUGACACAGAUUUACGCGGAAGCUCAAAAAGAGUGGUACCACGGAGUGGUUGUGGUCACAGGUGGCACGUGCAAUCAUGUGAAAAUCCGUUAAAAUAGCAACCGUUGAAAUUACCAUCAUCUAGUCAUUUUUGUAUGUGAUAGAUUAGUUUUAAGAAGUGAAUUGCAUAUAUGAUAACUUACGUCAACAUGUUCUCGAUGGAUACGUUCGAUUUUGAGGCCGUUAUGAGCCGGCACCUAUUCGAUGGACCGUCGAUGCAGCAUCAGCACCAUCACUUACAGACCGCAAAUGUAGAUUCGACGACCUCCAAUAGUUCGGAUUACUUUCUCGCAGAUGAUGACAAUACAACCGAUAGCGAUUCAUUCUGUGGAUUCAAUAGUGAUCAGGAAAACAACGACGGCAUUAAAGAGAUUUACGCCAACCGAUCGUCGAAGUACCGGCGUCCUAAGUGUGCCUCCCAGCAGGCACAGCAGCGUCAGGCGGCCAACCUCCGCGAGCGCAGGCGAAUGCAAAGUAUAAAUGAAGCAUUUGAAGGACUUCGCACGCACAUCCCAACCCUUCCGUACGAGAAGCGACUGAGCAAGGUGGACACGUUGAAGCUCGCCAUCAGCUACAUCUCCUUUCUGGGGGAAAUGCUUCGCAAGGACAAAAACGGCAACGAACCGGGUGUCAACGGAAUGAAGCGAGCACCGGUGAAAGAGCCACCGAAAAAGUUUAUUGUUCGCGGUGGCAGCGGCCAAGUUCACUCCCUCUCCUGGCAUCGGAAAGGUGAUCGCAGUGCGGAUGGACGCUAUUUCGCACGGAUCUGGCGCCCGGAGGAUCCUCGAAGCAAUCAACGGAACAUCGCAGCUGGCCCAUCGUCAUACACUAACGGGCUGGUUUAGGGUUCCAAGUGGCAUAUUGGAACCUCAUUUAUUUAUUAUAGCUUUAGAAAUUCAAACGAUUCAUUAUUCAUGGAAAUUAAUGAAUGUUUUGAAGCAAUUCUAGUCGUUUCUUUAGAUCUCAAUCCUAUAUGUUGAAAUAUUGUAAAUAAAUUCCUUUUACCGAAAAAUUGA